AUCUUGCUCUUAAUCUCGCAGCGCAGUGACGGAGACGACUCGAGACAUGGACAAGCAUUGCAUCAUUGAGUUUGAUGGAGCUUCGAAAGGAAACCCAGGAAGAGCUGGUUCAGGAGCUGUUCUGCGUGAUUCAGAUGGAAGUGUCAUCGCCUCCUACCGUGAAGGAUUAGGCACUGCAACAAGCAACCAGGCGGAAUAUCGAGGUCUGAACCGUGGUUUGGAGGCUGCUCGCGAAAAAGGGUAUACACACGUGAAGGCCUAUGGGGACUCUGAGCUUGUCGUUAAGCAGACGCGGGGUGAAUGGCAAGUCAGACACCCGAGAAUGGCAGAGCAGUGGAAGCAGACGAACGAGCUUAAGAACCAAUUCAAGUCAUUCGAUAUCACCCAUGUUCCCAGGGAAUACAACUCUGAAGCUGAUAGCCAUGCAAACAGCGCCACCUAUCUCCAAGAUGGCCAGGUCCAAGAGAUUCCAGGCAAGAAGAGCUACUACUGAAGUAGAGAGAGAUCUUCAUCUUCCACAUGCUUUGAAUAACAUGCUUUUCCUUUUCUUCUUCACUUCAGAUAAACAUGUUUUCAAUCU